CAUACUUUCUAUCAGAAAACAAAUGUCAAAAUUGUGAAGAAAUCGGUCGAGAGGGAUAUACCUAUUUUCGGACCGUCUAAACGUUUAUAAAACAUCCAUAAAGAUGGACAGUCUAGGAACGGAGGUCGGUCAAAAGAUGCGGAGUGCCGUCAAGGCGAAACUGAUUGAAUUAGGAACUGGCGGUGCAGCGGGCUACAUCGAUGACGAGCUGCCCGACUAUGUGAUGAUAAUGGUGGCGAAUAAGAGAUCGAAGCAGCAGAUGAUCGGCGACUUGAAUUUGUUCCUCGGAUCGCAGACUGAGUUAUUUGUGACGUGGUUACAUGAGGUCCUUCAGAAGUUGCAGGAAGUAACGUUGCCGGCCAAUGUUGUCCAAAAGGCUAAAAGGAAAGCUAAUGAAAUUGAAAAUACAACAACUUCGUCUACUGCUAAAAAGGAGAAAAAAGAGAAAAGAAAAGAAAGGAGAAUAAAACGCUCUAAUUCCGACAAAACCACUGAGGACGCUUCGUCGUCAGCGAAUAUCUCUGAUGUUGUAGCAGAUCAUUUAUUGCAAAAGGCAAAGAAGACGAUGGAGGAAGAAUCCGCAAUACAAGUCAAAGGUGGCAAGAAGGAGAACAAAGACAUAACCGAUCAGUUCGACAUACCGACCAUAACAGAAAUUUCAGCAGAACGAGGCGAAAACCGCAUACCGAAUCAGAAAGAAUUGGCAGAAUUAGAAGAAUUGCAAAAGAAAAUCGAUCAAGCUAAGCGCCAGCUAAAAGCUAUUGCAUCGGAUGAAAGUGAAGAUGAGGAUUUUCUUAAUAUAAAAGAAGAUGCCGAAGAGUUCGAUGAUGACAUCAACGACAAAGCAAAUAAGAGGAAUAAAGCCAAAAGUCCAAUUGUUUUCACUUCAAACCAAAUCAACGAAUCAAAUGAUGGUCCAACAUCAUCCCAACAGACUGAAAAGAAAUCAAACAAGCGCGUCCCCAUAACGUUUAACAGAACUGAUGAUGAUGAUAGAACGUUGGAGUCAUCGCGUCCAAAACGUCCCGUACACGAACGACUUGGCUUGAAGAGCCCUAGAUCCAAAGAGAAUGUGAUCAGCUUAUCCACGCAUAGGCGAAGUGAAAAAGAACUAUACGUUCCUGUAUUUCGGCGGAACGAGGCUGAAAGGGAGCGUGAUCGCGAACGGCAGAGAGACCGCGAGCGUGAACGCGACAGAGAUCUGCGUGACCGUGGGCGAUCUCGAGAACAGGAAUCUGAAAGGGAAAAUUCUAGGGGGCCUCCUCGUGUGAAAGAUAAGGACGAUUCAAAGCAGGUUGUCCGGCAACGAAUUGGUUCUCGUGUAAUAGUGGCUCCACCUAAGCCUGAGUAUGAGGAAAAUGAAUCAGACGACAUCGAUCGCCCAGUCAACUCGGUAAUCAAGAUUAAACCCCGACCGCCAGUUUCACCUAGUAAACAAGCAAGCAAAAAUCUUCUGUUACGUGCCGUUGCUGAAGCACAGAAAUCUACAGCAUUAGUUAAACCCCCCAAAAAGGACAACUCACGUAGUUUAUCGCCUAAUGUAAAUUCACGAUCACAAAAGUUAUAUUCGAAAUCCUACCGCGAUCGGAAUCGUAAGGCUCUUCUGAAACGUGCUGCUAAGGAUAAUAUCGUUAUAGAAGUAAAUGCAACAACGGGAACGAAAAGACCAUCAAGUCGAGCACAACGUGACGAAGAUGAAUACAUACCGGAACCGAUUUCAGAUCGCGGCGAUUCUGAUACCGAUUUUGUUUAUGUGCCACGAGCCAUUAAUUCAGUGAAUAGUGACGAAGAGUAUGAAGGUAUUGAGAGAGAACAAGCAAUUCAACGAAGUAAAACUCAAUUCGUUGUGACAUUAGAUGAUCAAUCGCGGGAGAAGUUCGUAAGUAAACACAAAAUCCGUGUGGUCGAUAAGAACAUCAACGGCCUGGAAAUCAAAAGACUGGAUUUAAACGAUGACUCGACUCACAGUCAUCACUCAACAAGAUCAACGGUGAGACGGGAUGCUGGACGUUCAAAGUCCUCUAAAUCGGCAAAGUCGAACGAGAACUAUCACCAUAAUUACGAAAAACCCAAAGAAGUUAAGAAAAUCAUCAUAAAAAAUGACACGGAAGACGAGGAUAGUGCAAGUCCAACAAAGGAGAAUCGAAGGAAACACUCCCUCUCUGCAGAGCGGUCGACAACUCCACCACUGCCAAAAUCUGCCGAAAAGCCCAAUCUGAAGCGGAAGCGAAGUACUGUAUCGCCUAUAAAAUUCGACUUGAAUGAAGAAUCGUCGAAACGACGAUCUAAAAGUGGUGAUCGUGAAAACGGCGAUCGUGACAUUCAGGAUAAAGAAAAGGAGCGCGACCGAGAAAGGCAUGAUGAAAACCAACAGAAGAUUUCUAUAAAGAAGACAGAAAAGAAGUAUGACAACAUACCGGAACUGCUAAGUUCAGUGCCUGUGGAAGCAUCGACGCUCCUGAUAAAACCAAAAACAAAAGAACGCUGUAAAUAUUUCCCGACUUGCGGCAAAGGGGAUUCGUGUGAAUUUCACCAUCCAACCGUACCAUGCAAAGCGUUCCCCAAUUGCAAGUUCGCCGACAAAUGUAUGUUUUUGCAUCCCAAAUGCAAAUUCGACUUGACUUGCAACCGAGUGUCAUGCAAUUUCCAACAUAGUGUCCCCGUAACACAGUCAGCUGCUCCGCCGUUAUCUUCACACGUGGUUCCAGUGCAGAAUUACAAAUCGAUCAUCGCAACUCCGCUACCGGCAAUAUGUAAAUACUAUCCCAAUUGCACCAAUUCCGUGUGCAAUUUCUACCAUCCGAAACUGUGCCGGUUCGGUAAAAACUGUAUGAAUAAAGUCGAAUGCAAUUUCUAUCAUCACGAUAUCCCCCCUAUUAAGGACAAAUUCAAAUGGGUCGCAUCGCUGGGCUAAUAGUCGGUAUAAAGUUUUGAAAUCUAGUGUAUCAUAUUAAUACCGUUAUGAAUAUAAAAAUCAAUAUUAAUUUUAGAUAAUUGUAUUUAUUUAAAAAUUAUCUCUUAUAUAUAUAUAGAUAUAGUUUUGCUAUACGUAAUCUUAUUAUAAUUAUUACGGCACAUGUUGGCGUGACAUACAUGCAUAUAGUGAGAGACUGUUCAGAGUUUGUCAUUGUAUAGUGAUUGGAAAAGUUAGAAACUUUCUUACAACUCAUAACAUUUGUUCUCAUCUCCUCAUUUUGCUGCACUAUUCUCAUUUGACCGUUAUAUGAUGAAUAUUUUGUUCUCUAUUCAUAUUUAAGAUUAGUAUGACUUUGAAGAAAUAGUGAUAGAAAAAAAUAAAUUCAAAACAAAGGAAUAAAAAAGGACUAAUUUGAA